UUCAAACGUUCUUGUUAAGGUCUUUCUUUACAUUUCUUUCAAUGGUUUUUAAUGUUACAAGUCUUGACUAGGAUCGAAGACCAGAAUUCUGGCGAUCAACAUAGUGAAGCGCAUCUUGCAGGAUUGAUGCUAGCAGCAUUUUAUCAAAGAUACUCCUGUUCUUCAGCUGCUCCAUUUCUGUGAUGGAAUCAAUGAAGAUCACUAUCGCUACUCUUACUGGGAAGCGGUUUACUUUGGAGGCUACAAGCACUGACCUCAUCUACGAUGUGAAGUUGAAGAUUUGUGUUAAGGAGGGGAUUCCGCCAGAUCAACAGAGGCUAAUCUGUAAAGGGAAACAGCUAGAUAACUGGCUAACCUUGGGUUACUAUGAAAUCGGAAAGAAUCCUAUUCAUCUAGUUCUACGCCUUCGAGGAGGAGGAGGGUUUAUUCCAGAGGAUAUUAGCUUGGAAGGGAUUGAGUCUGCAAUUCGUAAGCUACAACAAAUCGAGGCAUUUGUGUUCUUAAUUCCCUUGUUACAAUUGUUACUUUUUGUGCUUGGAUCAUUGAGGCGUAGUCAUCACAACACUAAGUUCCAACUCUUCACACGGAUAGUCUAUGUUCUCUCUGCCUUUCUAAUAUCAAACACCAUAAGCAAGAUGCUAUCUACUUCUUUCAUUAAUGGAUUGUUUCCUAUUUGGGCAGUGUUCUUGGUCAGAUUUUAUGGAGGUACUGAUUCCAUCUCAGUCUACAAUAUUGAAGAUAACAGAUCCGCGAAGACCUUUAAUUGGAUUCUUCUAGGUCUGUUGCUUUCAGUGAUCAGUUUGUUUCUCAAGUACCAAACAUUUUGGCUGCCUCUAUUUGUCUUUUUGGUUCUCACUGGUUUUAAGUCUUGGGAGAGAGCUGCAGCCCAAAAUUCGGCAAGCAAUGGUUUGGUAAAAGACACAAAAGUAAUUGCGGAUUUCAUGACCUAUGAGGAUCAAUUAUGCAUCAAAGAUUUUGUUACUGAUGAGCACGAGUUUGGGGGAGAUGAUCCAAUGGACAUGGGAAUCUACAAUUAUCUACUGCAAUUUGAGGAGAAAAAUGUUGAAGCUCAUCCAACACUCUACCAGAAGCGUUUCAAGAAUAAAAAAGAAGUUGUUACAAUUGGCAAGAUCUGGCAGUGCAAAGGUGAGCUUUUAAGCGCUACAGGAGACCCAGAUGAGAUACUCAAGGACAUUUGCCUUUCUUUUGCAUGGUUUAACUUGCUCCGCUGUAGAUUUUCACAGUACUCCUUGUCAGAUCAGGCCAAGAGGAAGUUGAGCAUACAUGUUCAUAAGGUACUUUGCUCAGGUAAUCACAGAAUAUUCAGAGUGAUUGAACUAGAACUCGCAUUUCUCUAUGAUUCUUUCUACACAAAGUACCCCACUAUCUUUAGAAAAGGUUUCCCAAUACAUAAAUUUGUUGAGCUACUUGUUUCCAUAGCCGGCUGCUGCAUUGCAGCAUUCUCUCUAAGAAACUAUGAACCAGCCAAUCAAGACUUGAGUGGUGUCACAGUUUUUGGCUACAAUGCUGAUAGAGUUGUUACAGGUUCAGCUAUAUGUCUUAUCGCUGUUAUUGAAAUUGGACAGUUUAUCCUCAUUUUAUGUUCAGAUUGGGCAAAGGUGAUGUUAAUUUGCUGCUAUGUCCAACAUUCCAAAUUGCAGAGGUCUAAUUUUUUUGAAAGAGUGUUAAGAUUUAUAUGCAACAGACGACUGUUAAAGCCAUGGGAACAAGUGCUCGGUCAAUACUCUCUUCUAGAGUCCUUCGACUAUAAUCCUAAUGCCUUGCUAUACAAUUCUUUCACUAGUGCUUUUAUGGAUAUUCCUCGAAAUGGCCAGAAAGAAAGUGCCCGUAUCAAACUACCUUUAGAAGUGAAGCAAGCAGUUUCACAUUUUGUGCAGCUAAGUCGAGCCUUCCAUGUAACAAAUGGAUCAAGUUUUUUGGGGCAUGAUCUCAUUUGGGCGUGUAAACUUGAAUCACUUGUUCAUGUUAUCAUGGUCUGGCAUAUAGCCACCAGUGUUUGUGAGAUGGAGUCAUCACAAAGCAACCAAGGAAUGGAAAGAGACAGGGAUUUCAUUAUGGCACCAGCCAGUCAACAGAUGGAAGCAAAAGGAGAUUUCAAUGUGGCACAAGCUUCCCAGCGCCUGGAAGUUGGAGGCAAUUCGGGAGAAACAGAAAUGGAUUUAGAGGUGCCAAAACCUGUCCAAGGUAAAAGAAGAAAAGUUGAUCCAAACUAUAAAAGAAAAGAAGACAAAAAUUUCAUUGUGGCGACUUCCUUGUCAAAGUACUGCGCCUAUUUAGUGGCAUUCUGUCCAAGAUUGUUACCUUACCAUGCUUAUUCUACGGAGUUCAUUUUCGACCGGGUAGUUUGUGAAGCGAGGGAAUAUCUAGAGGGAUGCCACUCCAUGACCAGUAGGUGCCAAAAGAUUAUGGCAUUAGGUCCUGGAGAAAAUAUUCUGAGAAGAGGUGCUGAGCUUGCGAAGGACUUGCAAAAUAUAAAAGAAUCUACACGAUGGAGGAUUUUGGCCGAUUUCUGGGCAGAGAUGAUGUUGUUUGUAGCAAUCUCAGACGAUGAAACAGCUCAUGCAGAGUACCUAGCCAAGGGGGGAGAGUUCGUGACUCACUUGUGGGCUUUGCUCUAUCAUGCAGGAGCCACAAAGCAAGACUGGACAGAGAUGGGUGUUUGACUCGACUUCAUUAAUGUUGGUUUGGUCUCUUUGAUGUACGAACCUUUUAUUUUAACCUUUUCCUUGAUUGGUUUUGGAAAAUCUCAUCUGAGUUGUGCGUCUUAGAAUAGAGCUUUGUUUGAUAUAUAUGAACACUGGUUCUGAUACAUUUCCUUCUUUAUUUUCAUGUGAAUUUCUACUUUAUUUGA